GGCGGAUGACAAACAUACUUUCUAAGAAGUCUAAAAUCUUCAAAGAUAAGAUAAUUGGGGCUGGGGAGUUUUCCCAAACAAUAGUAGAGUUAAAUAAAUUACAAACUCUUGCAAAGACGACAAAGACGGCAAAGUAG